CAAUAUGUUGAUGGGCUAAUCCCGGGGCCGGGCGGCUCCAGGGUCCAGCUCCGAACGGCUUAUUAAGUUAAUUUCCGGGGCUCAACAGAAAUUGUGAACUAAUAGCCCCCUUCUUCACGCGACUUGUUCCUUUCAACUUGUUCAACUUGGUCGGUCAACACAAUGGCAAAGAACAAGUCAAAGUCAAAGUCCUCUGCGGCCGCCGCGUCGCAGGGCAGCGGCCUCAACAAGCUCCUCCUGGUUCUCGGUCUCCUCACAGCUCUCCUGAGCUCCGUAGUCUACUUUGUCGAGCAGAACCUGAACCAGUUCUACAUCUUCGACCUCGAUCACCUUGACGAUCUUUCUAAGCGAGCCAUCGCUAAGCACGGAGAGGACACCCGAUCGGUUGUGCAGUACAUCGUCACGGAGCUUAACGAGAAGGUUCCUGAGCACAUCAACCUCAAGGAGGAAUGGGUCUUUAACAACGCUGGCGGUGCUAUGGGUGCCAUGUACAUCAUCCACGCCAGUGUUACCGAGUACCUCAUCAUCUUUGGCACUGCCAUUGGUACCGAGGGCCACACUGGUCGCCACACCGCCGACGACUACUUCCACAUCCUUUCUGGAACCCAGCUGGCUUACGUCCCUGGCGAGUACAAGGCCGAGGUGUACCCCGCCGGCAGCAUCCACCACCUUCGCCGCGGCGAUGUCAAGCAAUACAAGAUGCCCGAGGGCUGCUUUGCGCUCGAGUACGCUCGCGGCUGGAUCCCUCCCAUGCUCUUCUUUGGCUUCGCCGAUGGCCUUUCCAGCACGCUCGACUUCCCCACACUCUGGGAUACCACUCGCAUCACUGGUCGCGAGAUGAUCAACAACUUGAUCAAGGGCAAGCUGUAAGGAAAUGCUUAGGUCCUGUGAAAAUGGAAUGACCUGCAGAUCAAGGGGAAUUGUGUGUUUACCAAUCCGGGAGCUUAAAAGAAAUGCAAUAGAGUUGGAUAUUCAAAAGGGCUUUCUGUCACGGCUGUAUCAUUAGAUUUUUCUACUCGGAAAGAUACCCGUUAGAAUGGAUUCACGUGGGGAUCCUAAAAUUGUUUCAGACAUCAUUCUCGAUUAUGCGACCAUCAGUGCUGUGCAAGUAUUCUGCGUGACGUCUGCAGAACUCACCAUUCAUUCUCGAUCAUCUUUGAUAUUGACAUCAAUAUACAAUUAUACGCACCCCAGAAACAGAAGCUUUCGUCAGCAACCCGUAGGUCGAGAAGAUCGACUGGCUGCGGCUUGGCCUUCCCAAAAAUGCUUUUUACGACCUACAGAAUGUUGGUGGAGAAGACCCUCGCGAUGUUCAGAGUUUCGAGUCGUUGAAUAGGUUGGUGGAUUCCUGGGACCAUGGCUAUUGGUAAAACAAUAUUGGUGGCUAUGUCGCUCAGGCUCGCCUAUUGUUUGGUAGUAUCAAAAGAAGACACCUGUUUUGAGUCGAGUGUCGACUUCUUUGUCAACUGGUAUCUCGCUAUCAACAGCUGCAUGUCCAUUGACGGCUUGCCAACAAAUUGGUGGAGUCUGGUGGCCCAUUAUCUGUUGUUG